UCAUGGACUCAAAGACUUUGGUGGUUGAUAAUGGGACAGGGUUUGUAAAAGUAGGUUACGCCGGCUCAAACUUUCCCGAACAUGUAUUCCCGUCAGUAGUGGGCCGCCCAAUUCUUCGAGCCGAAGAAAAAAUCGGGAAUAUCGAGGUAAAAGAUAUCAUGGUAGGCGACGAAGCCGCCGAAGUCCGUUCCAUUCUACAAAUGACGUAUCCGAUGGAGAAUGGAAUUAUCAAAAAGUGGGAGGAGAUGAAGUAUUUGUGGAAUUACACGUUCUUCGAAAAGUUGCAAGUGGAUCCGCGGGAAUGUAAGAUAUUGUUGACAGAGCCGCCGAUGAAUCCGUUGGCGAAUCGACGUGAGAUGGUGCGCACGAUGUUUGAAGACUAUGGGUUUCAGGGGGUGCAUGUGUCUAUUCAGGCUGUGUUGACACUGUAUGCACAGGGUCUUCUCACUGGCGUUGUCGUGGAUUCUGGCGAUGGCGUCACUCACAUUGUUCCUAUUUACGACGGAUACGCCCUCCCACAUCAAACGCGUCGCUUAGAUGUCGCUGGUCGUGACGUUACGCGGUAUCUUAUAAAAUUACUCUUGUUAAGAGGAUACGCCUUUAAUCGUACCGCAGAUUUCCAGACUGUUCAGCAAAUCAAAGAGAAACUUUGUUAUGUAAGUUAUGAUUUAAAGUUGGAUCAAAAGUUGGCGAACGAGACUACAGUUCUAAUGGAGAAUUAUACGCUACCUGAUGGACGUAUCAUAAAAGUUGGUUCGGAGCGAUUUGAGGCACCCGAGUGUAUGUUCCAACCUCAUUUAAUUGAUAACGAACAACCAGGUGUAGCUGAAAUGAUUUUUGAAGCAAUUCAAGAUGCAGCAUACGACGUGCGUUCAGAAUUGUAUCGACACAUAGUGCUAUCGGGUGGAUCAUCAAUGUACCCUGGAUUACCAAGUCGACUUGAGAAAGAGCUUAAACAGUUGUAUUUGGAGAGAGUCGCGAGAAUGGAUGGUUCGAUAUUACAGAAAAUAAGAAUUCGAAUUGAAGACCCGCCGCGUCGUAGACACAUGGUGUUCUUGGGUGGCGCAGUAUUAGCUAAUAUAAUGAAAGACCGUGUGACAUGGUGGAUAUCUAAACAGGAAUGGGAAGAGGAUGGGAUUAAGUCGCUUGAUAAACUUGGUGCUUCUGGCGCGGUUUAA